AAAGCAAAGCAUGUGACAGACGCCACAUAAACAAAAAUACAAUGUGUGUUGUUCACAAAGACAGAGGCAUACUUGACAAGCGGAUUCAGGAUGCUGAGCUCACUUUCACGCUUUUGGACGUAUUCUUUGCUCUUCUUCAUGGGCCCUCUUUUGCAUUGUGGAGAAGCCGAGGUCCUGACUAAGAUCCAGGCUGGUCCUCUUUAUCGAAUGGCGGGCUCCCCUCUCUCCAUUUCUUGCAACGUGAGCGGCUUCAUCAAUGUCAGAUCUCUAAAGGACUUUGAGUUCCGUGUGACCAAGCCAUUCACGGCCGGCGAGCUGAACAUCAUCAGUACCGAGGACCCGCAAUUUGGCUACACCGUGUACCAAAACAGAGGUAACGACAUCACCUUGUCGCACGUUACGCCCAACUCUGUUCUCUUUGAGAUACAAAGUCUUCGGAAAGACGACGAAGGGAAGUACAACUGUCAUGUGAUCAACCCGGAAUCAGUUUACAAAGGAACCUACGAUGCAACGACCGUUGUGAAAGUGAUUGACAACUCCUUAAGUGUUUCAUCAACUGACUCGACCUGGCUGAGCCAUAACGAGGGUGAAGCGCUCACCCUAACAUGCCGAGCCUCCAGCGACACCGUCCAGCACACCCAUCUGUCCGUCGCCUGGUACGUCCGCAGGGAGAACCAGGACAACGCACAGCUCAUCUUGUCCCUGGAUAGAGACUUCACGUUAAGGCCCGGUCAAGAGUUCCGAGGGCGCUACCAAGCCGGGUUCAUCCGGUUGGAUAAAGUCGGAGAAGCCACUUAUAGGCUGACGAUGGAGCAACUGGAAGUGUCGGACCGUGGCCGGGUCUACUGCGAGGCCCAAGAGUGGAUCCAGGAUCCGGACUUCUCCUGGUACUCGCUAGCACAGAAGACUGCGGGGGAGACAAGACUGGAUGUCAAAGGAAGAGACAAGCCCUCUGAGGUGGCGGUGAGAUUGUCUGCACAGCAGUUGUCUCUGCAGGAGGGGCAGGAGCUCCUCCUAACCUGCAGUGUGGACACGCAGAACCUGGAGGAAAAGUUUUUCUCUGUAGCUUGGCACCGCGCAGGUGUGGAGAUGGCUCGAAUCGGUCCCACGGGGGUCCUGUCCGUGAGACCCGAGUACAGUCGGCGAGAGAAACAAGGAGAGCUCAGAUCCACCAAGAUUGGAUAUGGAGAUUUCCGUCUCGUAUUGCAGCCUGUUAGUACUGACGACCAGGGCGAGUACAUGUGCAGAGUGUGGCCCCAAGAAAGAGGACAACGUGGCGCCUUUGAGCAAGGCGCUGCCCAAGACUCCAUCUCUGUGCAAGCUCGCAUCUCUGCUACAGAGAGUGACCUCAGCCUGACCUGCACUCCUGCCCUGAUAAGAAACAUCAACAGUGACAUAACCAUAAAAUGCUCUGUUAUAUCAUCUCGCCCUGGAUUGUCCCGCUUCGAAGUCACCUGGAUUCUCCAGAAACCGGCCCAAAAUGUCACCAUUGCCAGCUCCGAUCGAGACUCCUCAGUAAAGUUUGGGCCCACGGUGAAUGUGGUCCGCGGCCAGAGGAUCAGCCUCCGACGUACUGAGGGUCCUAGUUUCGAGUUGACCGUUCGAGAUACUGAGACCUCAGACCAAGGUUCUUACGUCUGCGAGGUGGUGGAGUGGCUGCAAAAUUCUCGUGGCAGAUGGCGCCGCCUCACCUCGGUCUAUGGAAGCACACAGCUGACACUCAUUAAACCUGCCAAUGAUCUGCGUUUGGAGACCACGGAGACGUGGCUCUCUGCAAGGGAAGGAGACCAAGUGCAGCUCAGGUGUGACCUGAUUACAGAAACCUCUGGUCCUCCCCUUUUCUACAAACUGACUUGGUUCUACACUGGGCGCGGUUCUCCGGCCGUGAACAACCAGCUACUGGAGCUUGAUCGCAGUGGCAUGCUGCGGUACCCUAGCAACAAGGGGCUUCACGGCCUGCAGAAGAGGCUGCGUCUCUCUAGACACGAGCCGAGCAGCUUUGGCCUCGAGAUUCAAAGGGUCCAUGAGCAGGAUAGUGGCACCUACCAUUGUCGGGUGGAGCAAUACCAGCUUGGACUUCACGGUCAAUGGCAGCAGAAGGCUUCAGUCGACGGUGUUCCAAUUAUUUUGUCGGUAAAUGUUACAGACAACAACUUGUCCAUCAUACGGAAAGAGUUGGAGUUUAAUGUGAGCACAGGGCAGGAUUUUACCAUCCCUUGCCAUGUCGCCACCCGCUCCAGCCAGGAGUCCCAGUUCCAGGUCACCUGGUUUUGGCAGGAAGAGAGCCACAGCAAACGCUACCCCCUGUUUACGUCCUAUCGCAACUCCACCUUACACGAUAGGGCGUGGUGGGGUGAGAGACGAAUAUUCGGCCAUGAUUCGCCCAACCAUUUUGAGCUCACCGUGUCAAAGCCGACCCUUGCAGGGAGUGGCCUUUAUUCCUGUGAGGUCCAAGAGUGGCUGCCUAGUCUCUCACACGGCUGGAGGAAGGUGGGGGUGGAAAAUUCAAGCUAUUCAACUGUCACCGUCUAUUCACAAGGCCAGAAUGAGGCUGUCUCUGGAUGUUAUUCCGGCCUGUUGAUCGGUGUUUUUGUGGCCAUUGUGCUGUGCUCCUUGCUGGUCAUAUUUGUGUUGGUGCUCAAGCUGAAGCGAUCCAAGCCCUCAAGCAGGAAGUCAGGUCAGUCUUUGUGGAAGGAGCAAUAUCACUUGAAGCAAAGGACUGAGCAAUUCUAAUCUGAUUGAAAAAUUCCUGCACAUUUAUCCAGAUCUGCACCAAACUUAACCUGAUACAAGGUCGUUUUGAUGUCAUAAUGCUAACACAAAAGUCCUUUAAAAAGCAUAGCCUGCAGUUAAAUUCCGCUAUUGUUAUAUUAUUUGUGCUAUUUUGACAUAAAACAAAAAAGUCUACUUCAAUAAGUUGCAUAUCUCAUAUAUAUACUGAAAUACAAUUGUUUUUUUAGGGAAAAAUAAAUACUUAAAUAUCUA